GCUGAAGAAGCGGAGGGCAUUGUGACGUGCUCGGUGAGGCCGAUUCCGCCGCCGCGUUCCACCAUCGCCGGAUCCGCGCGCCGCAAACGGACAGCAGCCGCAAAGACAGAGGGGGGAAGAAGAAUUGUAUUGGAGUAGUUCCAAUUUCUGCCAAGAGAAGUGGGUGUUGAGGUGUGCCAUUUUAGACUGGAGUUACUAGGAACAAAAAACAGUUCAAUCAAACAUUGUCAAGUAAGGUGAAAACAAAGCUUUUUCAUUCGCCAAGGGUUUAAUAGAGAGGUGUAUUCAAGUCUUUCCACAAGACUGAGAAAAUUCUUCACUAUCACAAGGAAAAGUGGUUUGCGAAAAUCAAACGUGUUUCCCUAACCUAAAUGCUUGUGUAGCCUGUGCACCAGAAUUGAACAUAUAUCCAAGUUGAAACAAAGUCUGUUUUUACCAGUCUGUUGGGAGUCCUGGUCAUCUUUCAAGAAAAUGAUGAGCAGUAUCUUGGGCUUAGACAAAGCAGAGUCGAUGCAGGGUCAUUCUGUACAAGCACCAACUCAUUCAAGUUCUAUUUCCUCUGACUCCAGCGAAGCUGAAAAUGACUUUUAUGAAAACACUGAGGAAAUGAAAACUUCCAAAUUUCCACAAAGCCAGUGCAAGAGAUGGAUGGUAGGAAGAAACCAGACACCAAAGGAGAAUCAAAUUAGAGCAUCUCUGUGCUCCACUGACAAACCCUCAUUAAGAAAAAAUACUGGCAAAGGUAAUGGGUUGAACAAGCAAAGAAAUAAUAAAAGAUGGAAGAGGUCUACCAAAGUUGUAAGUAGAAAAAAUGCUGAUUUGAACACUGCAGCAGAGUUGAAGUUUAAAGAUGAAGGACAGGAAUUUAAAGAAGAACCUCAGUGGUAUACUGAGCCUCUUUCAGACAAUGUCAUCUCUAACAAUUUAAAAAGUAAGUUAGAAACUGCUUACAAGAGCAAUGUACCUUCAUUUGAUACUGACCUGUUAGAAAAACUGCCAGCGUCCAUUAGAGAUCUGUGCAUUGACGACAAUUGUCCUACAGAUUACCUCUGGACAGGUGCAUUUGUUGAUGGUCACUUUGUUGAUAUUCCAGCGUUACUUGAUAAAGGUGAAUUAAAUGAGAUUUUAGAUUGUUCUAAAUCAAAUUUAGAUUCCCUGGAUAAUCUUAAGAAAUCAGUAGACCUAAUCUGUGAAGGAGAUAUGAAUCAAUCUAUAAUGGAUUCUUGUGCCUUUGAAAUAAAACAAGACAGUGGAACCCUUAACCUUAUUGGAAGCAAAGAUGAAGAUCUAACCCGAUUUGAAGGGGAACGAAGUGUAGUGUUGGAUGGAGUACCAUUGAAUAUAUGGGAGGAUGGCCCAACAGCUGGUGGAGUGAAAGCUUUAACUUCUUCAUCAAGUAUAUCCUACACAAAUCCACUCAGCACUAAUCAAGUUAAGCAUUGGCUGUCAUCCACUUCUGAAUCAUCAUUAAUUGGUAAGACAGCAGCAGAAUCACUUUCCAAAGAUUUGUCGGAUAAAGAUGUUUGUUGGCAAGAACUUUCCGAAACCGGUGAGAGAGAGUCUUAUUUUUCAGUUAUAAAAAAUCCAGACGACAUUGUAUUUUCUGGUGAAACUACUAAUUGGGAAAGUAAUUCACAAGGAGAACGUGUUUCUUUAGAACCAUCUCAUUCUUCUAAGUUAAUUACCACCAAAAGUGAUGACGCUGGUGAAAAUAAAUCCUGUUUUCCAAAUAUGUUUGGAAAAGAUUGUAAUUCAUGGUCUUCAUUAUGUAAAUCUGGUAACUUUAGGAAUGUUGACACAGUAACUUACCCUAUAGAGCUGAGUGUAAACAUGACUACAGACAUCCCAACUGCUUGUUCAGAAGAUGACCUCCUUAGUUUGCUCCCUGGUAGUGAAUAUUUACAGUUGGAUGAUAGUAUUUUAAUUGAACUUCCAGUCAUGGCUUCAAAAGAAAAAUUAGAGGUAACAAAACAUGGUAUUCAAACAGAUGAGAUGAAGGCAGGAAAAUGGAAUCCCAUUUUUGGAAUUUGUCAAGCGGGCCUUUCUGAAAAGAAGGAUGACUUAAAUUCCAGAGUAAUUGAAGAAAUAUGGAAAGCCUCACCAAGAGAGGAUAAAACAGCAUUUUCAGAAGAUGGAAUCACCAGAUGUCAUAGCUGCUCUAUAGGAACAGAGCUAUCUAUGAAACCAGUGGCUCCUGCAGACUGUCAGAAAUGUCUUCUGCAAAAUUCAGAAAAUAAUUUCUGGGAAGAGCAACUUGGAAAGUCUCAAAUUUUGGAUUCCGUGAAUGUUGAUAUGUCAAAGCAUGGUAGUGAGUGGAAAAUUGGUUCUGAAGAGACAGAUGAUUCUGUUCCAAAAUGUAUUAAACUCUUAAUGACUCAAAGUAACAAUGAAUGUGAAUUUUCAUCUUCGGAUAGUACCCUUCUGAAAAGUGCAUCCACUCAUAGCACCUCCGAGUCCAGCAACUUUUAUGUUUAUCCAAAGUCUUUAAUAAAGGCUGAUUUGCAACACAGUGUUCCCAUAGAAGGCAUAGAGGAGCAAAGUGUAAUUAAUGACAUUUCUAUAGACCUACCUGAUGAUUUGUGGGGAAAUUUAACUGAUUAUCUAAAUGAUUCCGCAGAGCCAAGAGAAUGCUCCUAUCUCCCCUUUGAUCUCGCCUUUGAAUCCCCUGUUCCUCAAAUGCGUACUGUAACAAGUCCGUUAGAUUCUAAUACUGGUGAUAUGAGCCAACAACCCAGGACUAAACCAAAACUCAGUUCAGAUUUAAUAAUUCCCCACAAUGACAAAUUACUGUGUUCACAAGAAUGCAUGACAAUGUCAGAGCAAUCCAAUGUUUAUCCUGUCUCUGGACAAUUACUUACAAAAGAAGUGGUUCUUACAAGAUUGGAGGACAUUGCUGUCCCAAAACCAGAAUACAGUAUCUGCAGUGAUCAGCGUGGAUUAUCUGAAAGUUCAAAUUCUGCAUUGGGUCCGGAGAACCUCAAACAAGAUUUGCAGAUUCUUCAAGCAGAGUUAGAGUCAAAACUGUGUAAAGAGACUAGUUUAGAUAAAACAAAUUUAAUUUCUCAGGAUGCAAGUGAAGAUAAAUUGAGUUUUCUUCAGUCACAGUUCGAAGAUCUGUGUCCAGAGCAUGAUCAUUCAAAGUUGCCUCAGCAAAUCAUAGAUUAUAAGGUUUGUACUUCCAAUACAAGAAAGAAAGAGGAGGAUGAUCAACAGCCAUUAGAAAAAGACAAAACGAACAAUGCCGAUGAGCUUGAAUUAUCUAAGGAGUGUUGCCCUUUCUCUGUCAGACAUUCUGAGGUUCUCCUAUCCAAUGCAGAAAGCGUGAAGAAUUGCCCCAGUGAGGUGUGUUGCCUGUUCCUUGACAAAUGCCUCUCUUCAAAAAAUACAGAUUCUUUAUGCUGCAGAAAUCCCACUAUUGUGAUAACAUCUGUAGAUGCAAAUCCAUCUGAAGAUCAACAUAUGCUUACAAAGCCUAAUGAAACAGAUCUUGAGCCAGAAGACCCAAGAACUGAUCAAAAAAUGUGUCGAAGUCUGAAGGAUUGUAAAACAUAGGGCUAUAUUAGAAAAAAGCUUGGUUGUAUAAAAUUACAAAUAGAUUUGCUCUUUACCCCACCACAAAAAAACAGCUUCCAAUAAAAUGAAUGCCUUUUUCGUUCAAGAAGACUGCUUGUAUUAUACGGGGUUACUUUGGUUUCUUAGAAAAUCUUCGAAAAUCUUCAAAUGAUGCAGUUCUGAACAGUGUGAUUAUGUAUCAGUGAAUGAAAAACAGAGUUCAUUUUGCUGCAUACUGAGGCAUUUUUGCUGGAGUUGGUGGAUCCAGAUUAAAUUAUCUAUUCAAAAACAUUUCUUCCCCCCCUUAAAGUAGAAUAUGGGCUAUAAUUUACAAAAUGUUUCAACUUAUUACAAAACUUGAGGAGUUGAGAUUUUGAUACUUAGUGCCUGCUUAGAUCUUAAGUUUAAAAUGACUUGGCACUGUCAGCUGUACCUGAGAAGUAGGUUCAUUAAGCUUCAUGUUAUGGGUGUUUGUGAUAAUUCUGCAGUCCAAGAAUUGGAUCAUUGACCCCAGUGAAACUAAGUGCUGAUUGAUUAUUACUUCACAGUUGCACCACACAAUACUUCAAAUGUAUUUUAAAACAAACUCACAGAAUAUUGCACCUUUUUAAGUGCAUUAUGUGUUCUCAGUUACGUAAAAGAUAUCUGUAAUUACUGUUUGUUGUGAUUAUGAUUUAUGAAUCUGUCACACUCCCUGCAAAGCUUCCAUGUUACAAUGUCACAAGUAUAUUAACCUUUUAUAUAUUUCUGAAUGUACUAAAUAAAGGGUGUGAAUUAAAUCAAAUUUUAGUCAUUUGCUGGCUCUAAGAUGGAAAACAAAAGUAUUUACUUUGUAUUUUUAAGGGCGUUGCAACAUUUUGUCAUUUGCAUUUAGGUUACAUUUGAAUAAUAUUUUUAUAUUUGUAUUUCUGUAGUUGACAAACAUUCUGUGUGACUGGAAAAAGUACUUGAUAAUGUAGUAUAACAUCUGUUCAGUUUUAUCAUUCUUAUUUUAAAGCCUUUUUAAACUUAACUAAACCAUGAACCUAACUGUAGAUUGAACUCAGAAGUUUCACAGCAACCUACAUUUGUAAUGUUUGUAAUAUCGCUAGGUACCACUAAAUGCCAUCCCAUUAUAGCUAAUUUUGCAAUGUAAUCCCAUGAUGAGUGGCCAAUGAAGUUCGUAGCAUAUUCUUCACAAACUGCUUAAAGUAUUUGGCACAAGUAAUCAUGCCCCAUAGAUACAGUUUUAUGUUCUAUUUAAUUCAAAAUUCUGGGAAAUUGUAAUUUGUAAAUCUGAUGAUGUGCGUUUGUGUGUCAAGGUGGAAGUGUCCAUACUUAUUUUUAUUUAACAUUCUUGCAAUGGUGCUUAAUUAUCUUCCAUCAGGGACGAUGAGCUUCGUACUAAAGACCACUUUCAAGCACGUGUAAACCUAUGUGGUUAAAGGUUUUAUAAAAAGUUUUUUCCCUUUUUUUUCAUCAUUAUACUUGAAGCAUACUCUAACAAUUUCUUAGUGCCUUUUUAUCACAUUAUUCUUACACUUUGUAUUUAAUCUUCAAAUAAGUACACAUAUACUUUAUUUUCAGUGUGUAAAAACGUAAAGAAUAAUCCAUUUUCUUUCCUUCCCUGUUAAUGAUAACUCACAUUUGGUUACAUUUCCAUGAACUCCAACAUCUCCCACAUAACAAGUCUCAUGUGCCAGUAUUGAUGAUGUGUGACCUCUGGCCUUUUGACAAUGAAGAACACUGGAGCUUAAUCCAGUGAUUUCUUAACUUCAUAUGCACCUUCCUGCUGUACUCACUAGGUAACAAUCUGAAUUUUAUUUCUCAUUUCCAGAACUGAGUGCUGAAUCCAUUUGUAGCACCUUUACUGCUAACUCACCAAGGUCAGCAGGACUCCAGGAUUGAGCGUAGCUCCUUCCUCUUUUGUAUGGUUUGGGUAAAUUUCUAUGUAACAUUUUACAAGUGUUUCCAAUUGUUAUUUAUUUUCAUAUUGUGCUGUGCUAAAAUGAAGAGGUAACAUAGAAUUUUCAGUUGUUUUCAAUAAUAAAACAUGAUAAAAAAAAAGUUGAGUACUUAAUAACAUGGUGAAAAUUGAGAGAUUAGCAUUUCUAUUCAUAGUGGCUUUCAUCACUGUCCAAUUUUUUGGAUUAAAUUGGCAAGAAGACACAUGGAUGUAGGUUUCCUCAGAAUGAAUAUUGACUGAAAUCUUAACAGACUUGUUUUUUAAUCAGGAAAAUCAGUAAGUCUGCAUACAUACACUACUGAGAGGACUGUAGAGAAAAGAGGUUGUAUAUAGAUUCUGCUAAGUAUAGCCCAAAAGCAGUAUAGUUGCAGAAUGUUUUAAUCCAUCUAGAGCUGAUUUGAGGCAUUUUCUUACGAGGAGAAAAGCCUACUGUAAUAGUCUUUAUAAAACAACCGUUACCUAUAUAAGAGUGGACAGAAAAGUCCUUAAUUUGUAGCUGCUUUUAAAUGCUCCAACAGAAAAAAAUUGUUUGCCAAAAAAAGUUAUUUUCUGAAUUUAGUUUUGUAAUUUAGUGCCACAGAGUAUAAUCAAACAUGCAUUAUGCAUUAAAAUAGCACAGUUAUUAUGCAUACACAACACCUGGUUUGGUUUUAUAUCUUUAUAAGGGAUGUGCUUGAUGUAUUCUGUGGAAUCUUGAUUUUAAAUGCAUUUUUACUGGAAACUGUUUCAUUGUCAAAAUUUUUGCAUAACCAAAUAAAAUCAGUGUUAGAUAAUGUA